GAACUAAGCUGUCUUUCUAUUUUAAGUAUUGACUAUUUAUUUUCAUUCUAAACUCGUCAACUAAACAGUCUAUUUUCAGUAUAAGACUAUAAGUUGUCAACUAAGUUGACGGAGGGGAUUUUUAGUAAAUUCAAAAUAUUCGUACAAGCUGUUAGCUAUACAAAAUAACUAAAGGAAUUUUAAUCAAUUUUCCCAACUUUUAAAUCGUAUUAUUCUUACAUGUUAGUUAAAGAAAUGUAAAAUGUAGAAUCGUGUAAUAUUUGAUUCACAGGGGGCAUAAAUGUCAACUCACAAGGGCAUCGUGGUCACUUGUCGUCUGUCGCAGAGCGUCUUCACACGAGUUCAAAACCAGAAGAAUGUGAAAUUACUAUUCUAGACACGGUCUCCAUCGCCGCGACAAGUGUCUUCUAGUUAUUAGCUGAGCCGUCAGCUUCUAAAACCAAUUCCAAUCAAUGCUGAUUAAUUUAGCAGUAAUACAAAUCCCUAAACCAAAAAAACAGAGAGGAGAAUUGGGAAUUGAUAUUCUAGGGUGAGAAAGCUAGAGAGAGAAAAUGCUCAAAAGCUCGUACACACAUACAUACAUACAUUUGAUAUUCCCCCACGCGCGCGCACUGAAAACCUAAAUGUUCUAUUGGAUUGGUGGUCAAUUUUAAUUGGAUGAUUGCGUGACGUGUUCGCAUCGAGUUAUUCGUUCUCUUCGAUCCUUUAUCCUGCUUUGUUUGGGUUGUGUUUUUUUUUUUUUGUUAAUGGAGAUUUUUGCAGUGAUAGUUUGAUUAAUAUGGUUUCUGGAGUGUUUGAUUGCAAAAUCUCGAGUGAUAUUCCAUUUUUUGGUGUUAAAUUGGUUGAUUGAGUUUUUGAUGAGUAUAUGAGAUGAUCUAAAAAGGUAAAAGUAAUUACCGGAGGUCUGGAAAAAAAAUGAGCGGCAACGAAAAGCAAACGGUGGGCGUUCGAGACCUAGCUGAGGAGGCAAAGAAGCGGAUUGUUUUAUUGGUCGUAUGUGUUGUUGGAAUGUCCUACCUCAUGUCAUUAACAAGUGCAUCAGUUCUAGUCAACUUGCCUGCUGCUCUGUCCUUAAUAAUCAUAAUGCGCUACAUGUCUCUGGAUUUUGAUAUGCGGAGGAAAGCUGCAACUUACAAAGGCAAACAAAUAUCUGCAAACAGUUCUUCCGAAAACAAACCGUUUGAGGUCCUCAGAGUUCUGCCCGAAAGGUCUGACUGGAAGCACAAGGUGAAUUCCCCUAUAGUUGAAGAUGCAAUUAACAAAUUCAAUAGCCAUAUUGUGUCAGAGUGGGUUACAGGUCUCUGGUAUUCACGCAUUACUCCAGAUAGACAAGCUACAGAAGAGCUUGUACUGAUCAUGAACGGGGUACUUGGAGAAAUUUCAAGUCGCAUGAGAAAUAUUAACCUUAUAGAUCUUUUAACAAGAGAUAUCAUCAAUAUAGUAUCUACUCGACUGGAGCUCUUUAGGGAAAGUAAGAUAAAGAUUGAGAAGCACCAAGAAAGAUAUUUUACCACAGAAGAGCUGGAUAUCGAAUUAAAAUCUAUUCUGGCUGCUGAGAAUAAAUUGCAUCCCAUCUUAUUUUCUGCUGAAGCUGAGCAUAAGGUUCUCCAGCAUGUUAUGGAUGGCCUCAUCGUACUUACAUUUAAUCCUGAAGAUCUGAAGUGCUCUUUAUUCCGUUAUAUCGUCAGGGAACUUCUUGCGUGUGUUGUAAUAAGACCGGUACUGAAUCUCGCUAAUCCAAGGUUUAUUAAUGAGAGAAUCGAAUCUGCAGUUAUUUCUUCUAGAAAAACUGAUAAAGAAAGUAAGGCAGCACAAACGGCAUCACAGUCUAGAAUAAAUGCAGUUAUUUUACCCGAACACACUCUGCAGUUUCCGGAUCCUUCUGUUAAGGGUGUAGAACUGGUACAACUGAAGCAGGAUCAGAAUAACAAAGCUGCCAAGAAUCAAGCACCAGAUAAUAUGAACGCAAAACUUCUUUCUAAGGAUCCGUUGCUUUCCAUGGAUACACGGUCUACCCGUUCUUGGAGUUCUUUGCCAGACGGUGAUAGCGGUGAAGGAAGAGGUGUUCAACGACAUCCCUCUGGAGGAGAAUGGGGUGAUGCGCUAGAUGUGUUUUCUCGCAGAAAGACCGAGGCCCUGGCUCCAGAACAUUUUGACAAUAUGUGGACAAAAGGAAGAGACUAUAAAAGGAAGGAAGACAUAAAUCAGCUAGUUGAUCCUUCGCCACGAAGCUCUUCGGCCGGGUUAUCUAAUUCAGGGGUUCGGUCAAAGGUUCUUUCUGAACAGAAGAAAAAGGAGCGGACCUCAACUUAUCAAGGCACAGGGGAACAGAAUACUGCAAUGUAUGGCAAUUUAUCAAAUGAAAGUUGCAGUGAUGAGGUAGACUCCUGGAGCAGUAGCUAUACUGAAGAUGAUGAUACGAGCAGUGCUAUGGGUCUUGACUCACCCGGUGUUAAAGUUUGGGAUGGUAAAAAUAAAAGAAAUUUCAGCCAUAUUCAUCAUCCCCUUGAAACCUUUGACAGGCGUAGUGGCCGAAAGACCAGCAAAGGUCAGUUCCAUUCUAGAAGAUUGCAGAAAACCAAGUCUGCAAAGAAAAGAUCUAGAUCCAGCACUCAAAAUGGGCAUGUCUGGCAAGAGGUUGAAAGAACGACUUUAUUAGGAGAUGGGCAGGAUUUAUUAAAGUCCUCCAAAGAAACUCACAAACCUGGAGACUCGAGUGAGGAAUCCGAGACAGAGCUGUUAGGUAGAAUUUGUAGUGGAGCCACAACUUCAUCAUCCAUGUCCUUGGCUUCUUUUCCUGAAAGCCAGAGUCUGGCUGCAAGUUCAGCCAAAAAUUCGAUAAUUGCUGAUUCGUUUUUUCAGUUGAGAUGUGAGGUACUGGGUGCCAAUAUUGUGAAGAGUGGGUCCAAAACAUUCGCUGUAUAUUGCAUAUCUGUUAUAGAUGUAAAUAGUCACAGUUGGUCUAUCAAAAGAAGGUACCAACAUUUUGAGGAGUUACAUAGGCGCCUUAAAGAGUUUCCCGAAUAUAAUCUCCAUUUGCCGCCAAAGCAUUUCCUAUCAACUGGUCUAGAUGUAUUCGUCAUUCAAGAGCGAUGUAAAUUACUUGACCAGUAUUUGAAGAAGCUUCUGCAGCUUCCAACUGUUUCCGGCUCCAUUGAAGUUUGGGAUUUCCUCAGUGUCGAUUCUCAGAUGUAUAUAUUUUCAGAUUCAUUAUCCAUAAUUGAUACUCUUCCAGUGUACCUAGAUGAAACAGUACGUAAAAAGAACAAGGAAAAUCAGGAUAAUGUAAGGCCAGUAUAUGAUCCAUUAUCCUCCAGAAAAGAAAAUUCCAGUAGCGUUUAUGAUGGAUCAGGGUUGAGAGCAAACCAGGCUCUUUCUUCACCUAGAAGGCCUGAGAAAGAAUUUAAAAAGGCUUCUGAGAACUCAAAUAGUGGUUCAGAUAACACAGAGCAAAAGAACAUAAAGCCCUCCAGAAACUUGGAAAAGACCGGAAAUAGAGACCAACAAGAAUCGCAUUCUGUUCCUAGCGACAAUGCCCCUGAUUCAGCCAUUCCGAGAGAGUGGGUGCCACCAAAUCUAAGUGUUCCCAUAUUGGAUUUGGUCGAUGUCAUUUUACAACUUAAAGAUGGUGGUUGGAUCAGGAGAAAAGCUUUUUGGGUGGCCAAACAAGUUCUACAAUUGGGAAUGGGUGAUGCUUUUGAUGAUUGGUUGAUUGAGAAAAUCCAGGUUUUGCGUAGGGGGUCGGUUGUUGCUUCUGGCAUUGGGCGGUUGGAGCAGAUACUAUGGCCCGAUGGAAUCUUCAUAACAAAGCACCCAAGGCGACAGCGACCUUCACCUGAUAGUCCACCCAAGAAUUUGCACGAGGGCAAACCUUCAACUCCAUCUUCACCGCCUAAAGUAGAAGAUGCCUUAAAGCUGGAGGAGAUGCAAAAAAAGGAAGCUGAACGGCGAGCCAAAUUUGUAUAUGAACUGAUGAUAGAUAAGGCGCCAGCUGCCAUUGUAGGCCUUGUUGGACACAAGGAAUAUGAGCAAUGUGCAAAGGAUCUCUACUAUUUCAUUCAGUCAUCUGUUUUCAUGAAGCAGCUAGCAUUCGACAUUCUUCAGCUGCUGCUCUCGUCCGCUUUUCCGGAGCUCGAUUCUGUUUUCAGACAGUUGGAACAGGACAAACACAAAUUCGGCAGCCUCAAACGUAAUUAGGUAAAGAUACAAAAUUGCCAAAAGGUACAAGAAAGACUUCCCUUUUGUUUUCUAAAAAAGUUGAGUUAGAGUUGCCAAACAGGCAUUGUGUAUAGAUGUUAUAUUGAAGUACAUAUAGCUGUUCCAUUAGGGGAAAAAAGAAAUAGUUAUUAUGCAGCCAUUCUGCACAUCUCCCAGUCAAUCAUUUUUGAAUCAUUCGUCGGCUACCGAAACAAGUGGCAUACAUUUGUGGUGUUGAUUCUGCUAUCAUUUUUCUAUAAUAGUAAGUAAACCACAUUUUGUUGAAGUCCUUUUGAAUUAAAAAAA